GUGUGUACUCUACAGUGUGUGAGUCCAUAGACAGCUGCUUCACACUAACACACACUCUGGGUUGUGAAGAGAGUGAAGGCGGACUGGACCGACACCAUGGCCGAGGAGCAGCAUUAUGUCACUUCCCGGCUCUUCUGGAGCGGAGCAGGCGGCUGUUUUCCCUGAACAUUUAUCCGGACACCAUCAGCAUCAGGAGGGCUUUGAGCGUGUGUGUGUGUCGGGCGGCUGUUGUCGGCGGCUCCAGGGUCUAUCUGGCUAACGUUAGCUCCAUGGUUAGCUAGCUAGCAGCUCAACAUUGUGUGCUUCCAUCGCAGCUAAGCUAGCUGGGCUAGCAGGGCUAGCUAGCUCUGCCGGUCCGUGUGGAGGAGCUGCUGGUGUGUCCCGGUAGGUGAUGUUGUCCGUGCUGUCCUACGGUCGACUGGUAGCCAGAGCUGUGAUCGGCGGACUCUCUCAGACCGACAGCCGUGACUACAGCCUGGUGAGCGCGAGCUGCGGCUUCGGGAAGGACUUCCGGAGAGGCAUCCUGAAGAAGGGCAUGUGCUACGGGGACGACGCGUGCUUCAUCGCCCGACACAGAUCCGCCGAUGUUUUAGGUAUAGCAGACGGCGUGGGGGGCUGGCGGGACUAUGGAGUCGACCCGUCCCAGUUUUCAGGUACUCUGAUGAAGACGUGUGAGAGGCUGGUGAAGGAAGGACGCUUCGUCCCCAGUAACCCGGUGGGAGUCCUCACCAGCGGCUAUUACGAGCUGCUGCAGAACAAAGUGCCACUGCUGGUGGUGGCUGGAUGGAGAUGUUUCCAUCAUGAGUCAGAGCAGCCAGAUCCCAUUAAAAGUCCUGGGAAUGUCCCGAGUCCGGACCUGCCCCUUGCAGUUCACUUCCACAAUCCCUUUCCUCCUUCUCAGCGCUUCCCAACAACAACAAAGCAUGACCCGACGUGUACCAUCAGCAGCAGCACGGCCUGCAUUGUGGUUCUGGACCGGCAGCGUCACCGGCUGCACACAGCCAACCUGGGAGACUCGGGCUUCCUGGUGGUCCGGGGAGGGGAGGUGGUCCACCGCUCAGACGAGCAGCAGCACUACUUCAACACGCCCUUCCAGCUGUCCAUCGCCCCCCCGGGGGCUGAAGGAGCCGUCCUCAGUGACAGCCCCGAUGCAGCAGACAGCUCUUCCUUCGACGUCCAGCUGGGUGACAUCAUCCUCACCGCCACAGACGGGCUCUUCGACAACAUGCCUGACUACAUGAUCCUGCAGGAGCUGAAGAAACUCAAGAACUCCACCUAUGAGAGCGUCCAGCAGACGGCCAAGAGCAUCGCAGAGCAGGCCCACGUUCUGGCCUACGACCCCAACUACAUGUCGCCUUUUGCACAGUUUGCCUGUGACAACGGACUGAAUGUUCGAGGAGGAAAACCAGAUGACAUCACAGUGCUGCUGUCUAUAGUGGCAGAAUAUACCGACUAGAGACAGCUGUGUGCAGCUGUGUGUGUGUGGGGGGGCAUCUGCCUCUGCAGGUGAUGGACUGCUUCCAUUCCUGCUGGCCAGGUUGAAGGACUGAUGUCAAAUGCUCUACUCCACGUCCUCCCCCAACUAACCAUCACCCCCUUCUCCCCCAAGAAGACCCCUACAUGUCCACUUCUCUGUGACUGUGUCCAGCAGAGAGUGGCUGAAUAAUAGAGGGGACAAGUGGCCUGAUACGUCCCCCCAGAAGACCCCUACAUGUCCACCUCUCUGUGACUGUGUCCAGCAGAGAGUGGCUGAAUAAUAGAGGGGACCAGAGGCCUGAUAUGUCCCCCCAAAAGACCCCUACAUGUCCAUUUCUCAGUGACUGUGUCGAGCAGAGAGUGGCUGAAUAAUAGAGGGGACCAGAGGCCUGAUAUGUCCCCCCAAAAGACCCCUACAUGUCCACUUCUCAGUGACUGUGUCGAGCAGAGAGUGGCUGAAUAAUAGAGGGGACCAGAGGCCUGAUAUGUCCACCCAAAAGACCCCUACAUGUCCACUUCUCAGUGACUGUGUCGAGCAGAGAGUGGCUGAAUAGUAGAGGGGACCAGAGGCCUAAUACGUCCCCGCAGAAGACCUACAUGUCCACUUCUCUAUGAUGGUGUCCAGCAGAGAGUGGCUGAAUAGUAGAGGGGACCAGAGGCCUGACGCGUCCUCUUGACCCGGCUGCAGCGUUGGCACCUUCAGUGUUCCAGUGCUCACUGGAUAAUCCCGUUGCCAGGGAUAAGCAGUCAUUGGGCCCGGUGGAGACGAGGAUCAGUCUUCUUCCUCUGGGCAGGGAGGAAGCUGAGAUUCAGAGACUGAGGCAGAUGAAGCCAGACGGCACCAUGCUGGGCAGCUGGAAGGAAACGAUCCAGUCCAUCAGUAGUGUGAAGAAGGGAGCAGCGUCAGGGCUCAAUAAUAAAGGUUCCUAAUGAUCCAGUGGUAGUGGAACCUCGGAGCAUUAGGUCUGAUAGGAGGAUAUGACCACUGUGCUGUUCUGGGAUGUUUAGUUAAAGGUUUGCAAAAAACUGAGUGUAUGUGACAUUUCUACAUGUAUGGUUGGUUUGUCGGCAGGAUGAUCCAAUAAGAUUGAUGAAGAGCAGCAGCUGCCUUCACCGUACCAGAGCUGUUCAGGUCUGGCACACAGCUUUAGUUCUGUCCUUCAUAGAUCAGAAGCCUUUCCAGAUACGUGUUGCCCUCCCUUUAAAUGCUCAGCUGCUGCUCAAGUCUCCAUUGUGAUUACGUGUGAUGUGUUUAUGAAUAUGUGUGAUGCAUAAUUACUAGUGUCUAUAUGGAUGUGAAGGCAACAGACGUCUCCGUUGGUGUGGCAGCCUUAAACGCACAAAGCUUCAGAAGCAUAUCUGAAAACGCUCAAGGCGUUGGGAGGUUGGUCAGGUGACCAAACGUAUUUUUGUAACUUUGUUGUUCAGUUGAAUUCUUUGGACUGAUCACUGCAUCAGAUGAGCUUUAGAAAUCGCUUCUGUCUCUGUCCAUCCUGCUGUAGAUCUCACGAGGACAUGUUUCCAUCACAUCACUACAAAUGAACAUACUUCGUAGUACUUAGUGUGAUGUUCUAAUGAUGUGCCUUGUAUCAGGUGUGGUUGAUACUGGCAAACGUCUUUAAUCCCCCGACUAUGUGCCAGGUGCUGAGCACAAAGCCUGAAACUGUUCAGUAGCCAUACGAGUGGAAACAGUUUUCCCAUCAUGCCCUGCUGUCUUAACACGAGAUAUUCAACCUACAGCAUGUUCAACCUUUCUUCUCCUGAAUCUUCUCAGUCAGGAGUUUAGGAAUAGUGAUAAAGCCAUCGCUCCCUGGAUCUCUACUAUCUAACGGGCUGUUUCCCAGCUUCCCACCGGAGACUGACGGCAGCAUCGGGAGUCAUUUAGAAAUGUGAGGACAAUCUGAGCAGCCUUAACAAUAUUCCAGUCAGAUGAUACCUGCUUCCUGACUCUUCCCUGUCAUCUCUCAUCUUCCUCAUCCAAACCCUUUGUUACAACCACAGCAUGUGUCUGUAUAUAUUUUGGGUGUACAGUUUAAUGAAGAUCUCCGCUCUGUAAAAAACAUGUACAAUAUUUAAAUAAAGAGUUUAGUAUUUAUUA